AGUGCAUAUGUACCUUGUACGUUGAAUACCAGAACCUCUGAGCCUCCGACCUUCUCAUCCAUCUCAACACCAUCCCGUCCCCCUUGAGAUCUGUGGUUCUGUGGCAUAUCAACCUCCUCUACCACACACGUACAAGCUUGCCUCUCAUCGUCGCAGCUUCACCGGUCCGCCCAGGGGGCAGUGCCAACUCGGCCUCUCCUCUCCCUCUUCGGCAGCUUUUGGAGCUGGUUAGCCACAACCAUGUCCAACACAGCGCCACCAAGCGCCGGAGCUGCCUCGUCAACAACCUCAUCCAACAACACCAAUAACAAUAUCGCCACUGCUGCCCCUACCUUCACACCACAGCCCCAGUCUACAGCAACUCCUACUGCCACGACAGCGGGUGCUACUGCUGCUGGUUCGUCAACCGCGUCAUCUUCAACCUCUUCCUCCAACCAAAACCUCAAUCAGAUCGUUACAGAUUAUCUGCUUAAGAAGGGCUACAAGCGAACGGAGGAGAUUUUCCGUCAGGAGGUUAAGGAUAUUGACGAGAAUGGCAAGCCUCGAUCGCAUAACGAGUCUACUACCCCUGACAAAUUACUGCCCGCUGGGAAGUAUCUCCAUGCCUUCAAACAUUUCGAGCGAUGGGUUGACAACGGAAUUGAUCUCUACAAGUUCGAGUUGAGCAAGUUCCUCUGGCCUGUCUUCAUCUACUCUUAUCUUCGGCUCGUCGGGCAAGGCUCCUAUGCCCAUGCUCAGGAGCUUCUGGAGAAGAUACGCGACCGCUUCGAGAAGACGCAUCCGGACGAGCUCAAGGGGCUUGCCACCAUGACGCUGUCUCAGCACAUCCGGGAAAGCCCGUUCGCUAAGGCGUACUUGGAAAACCAAUAUGUCAUCCCUAUCAGCAAGUCCCUUACGGGGACUCUCUUCCACUUCCUAGAGCGAGACUUGGAUCGGUGUGGUGCCGUAGUUCUCGAUAUUAUCCACCAGCAUUGCCGCGUCGAUUCCGUGGAUCGGGGUCCGAUUGAGCCGUUCAGCUUCGAGGCCAUCUAUCGGCGCGCUCGAAACCAGGAGCUAGACGAAUUUGACGUCCAGGAAGGGAUUCCAGGCUUCUCCAAUCGUAGCGGCCUCGCAAACCGCAACGUCCUUGACAAUGUAGCCGCCUUGAAGCUAGGACCGCUGCCGAUGGAUCCCGAACUACGCAGUGAUGUCGUGGCUGAGCUCGAAGAGGAGGACAAGCUCCACCCGCCUCGAGAGGGCUUGCCGACUCUGGUGGAGGAAUUCAACAUUAUGCAGCCGAUUAAGAAGGAGGCGGUCGAUUCUCCUCAGCGCACCGAUAUCCCAUAUCCCCCUUCGCGGGCGAGAGAUGUCGUGAUCGAGAUGCAGAAGGUUCGAGAGAAUAGGGAUCGAUUCCGCAUCGAGGGUCGUACGGGCGGUGUUGGGCCUGGCCUCUCGGUAUGCAUUUUCACAUUUCACAACCAUCUGGGAUCCAUCUCGUGCAUAGACUUCUCUAAGGACCAAGAACUUGUAGCCGUGGGCACAACCGAGUCUUACAUCCGAGUCUGGACCGUCGAUGGCAAACCUCUAAAGUCUUGCGGCCCGGCGACUGAAGCGGUUAACAAUCGAAAACUCAUCGGCCACUCCGGGCCAGUCUACGCGGUUGCGUUCUCUGAUGCCAUCGCGAAUAUGGAUCGCAACAUCUACGAAGGAAGCUCGCAGCCGGAGACUGGCGCACAGUUGCUUCUCUCCUGCUCGGCAGAUGGUCAGGUACGAUUGUGGUCUCUCGAUGUUUGGGCUUGUCUAUGCAUUUACAAGGGCCACGACGGACCAGUGACCUGUCUGUCUUGGGGGCCGCACGGGCAUUACUUUGCGACUGGCGGUUGGGACAAGACCGUAAGAAUCUGGUCGCAGGACCAUGCUUCGGCGCAGCGCCUCCUUGUCGGUCACGAUACGAUGAUCUCGGCCUUGGCUUGGCAUCCUAAUGGGUCAUACGUAUUUUCGGUGUCCGAUGAGACCGAUAAGUCGAUCCGCAUGUGGUCCAUAGUGAACGGUAACUGCGUUCGCAUCUUCAACGGCCAUGCAGAGUACGUGUCCGCCUUGGAAUGUGCGCCAAACGGCAAGAUUCUUGCCUCGGCUGAUAUAGGCGGGAACAUCUUCCUCUGGGACAUCGAAAAAGCAACUCGCAUUAAACGGUGCCGCGGUCACGGGCGUGGGGGAAUCUGGUCGCUAAACUUCAGCGUCGAGAGCACCGUGCUCAUAUCCGGCGGACAGGACAAUACUGUUCGUGUUUGGGAUGUCGAGAUGCCGGCUGAAGGCAGUCGCCUAACAAACCAGCAGGAUGGCGACAACACUGCCGCGGUCACAGGCGCCCAAGUUGAUGGCAAACAGCCCGGCCAAACAUUGCAACCGGCCGGGGGCGCCGUCAGCGGGACGGGAAGACGCAAGGGCAAGGAAGUCAUGGUCACUCCGGAUCAGAUCAGCGCGUUUCCGACGAAGAAGACGCCCGUGAUCAAGGUCCAAUGCACCCGAAUGAACUUGGUGGUUGCCGGUGGCUGCUACCAUCCCGAGACUCAAGAAGCACCCCGUUAGGGCAUAAGCGUUUUGUCAACGUACUUUAACAACAUUGCAUGAUUCGAAAGGGGGUCCUUCUGGGGGGGAAAUCUCGGAAACACUCUGCCAUGUGCUUGUAAGAAUGUAUAAGCUGCGAGAGCGCCCCUUGGGCUGGCCGGCAGGGGA